CUUGCGGGCGGUGGCUGGCUCCUGCGGUGGGGAGGAGCGUCGGUCUAGCAGUGGGUCCGGGUCUGCAGGCCGGCUCCGGGUGGCCGCUGGUCAGGUUCCUUGCGCCCCACCGGUGCGACGUUGGCUCAGAACUUUGUCAGAUUCGGGCCUUACCACCUUCGCCAACCCGUACCCAGGCUAACCCUUCGAAGGUCCUCCCUCACUUGCAGUCUCUGACGUGAACUAAGGUGGAUUUACCCUCAUUAUACUACAUGCAAGCCCACGCUCCACCAUGCUUUCCUGCGACAUAUGUGGUGAAACUGUAACCUCAGAACCAGAUAUGAAAGCUCACCUAAUUGUUCACAUGGAAAAUGAAAUUAUCUGUCCAUUUUGCAAGUUGUCUGGUAUAAAUUACAACGAAAUAUGUUUCCAUAUUGAAACUGCUCAUUUUGAACAAAAUACACCAGAAAAAAACUUUGAGAAGCUAGCUGCAAUGCAAUAUGACAAUUCAGACCGAAAGAACACCAACCUGCAGAGUGCAGUGGAAGUUACUUCAGGCAUUCAUUCAGCUUGUGCAUCUAACUUUCCAAAAGAGUCAUCUGAAAGUCUUCCUAAAGAUAGGACUUUAAAACAUGAAGCUUUUUAUACAGAGAACAUAACUGAAUCUAGAAAGUACCAAAAAAGCAGGGAAAAGAAGUCUGGAUUGUCUGAGGCCCAAGGAUCAAUUUAUGAAACAACAUACAGUCCUCCCGAAUGUCCAUUUUGUGGAAAAAUUGAGGGGUGUAGUCAAGAUAUGGAAAUUCAUGUGAAAAUAAAGCAUGCCAGUCUUUUAGAAAGUCCAUUAGAAGACUCUUAUCAACCACUCUAUGACUGUCCCAUGUGUGGGCUUGUCUGUACAAAUUACCAUAUUCUCCAAGAACAUGUGGACUUGCAUUUAGAAGAAAGCAGCUUUCAACAAGGCAUGGACAGAGAGUGUUCUAGUGAUAGAGAAUUAGCUCACCAGCUUCAGCAAGAAGAAGACAGAAAGAGGAAAUCUGAAGAAUCAAGACAAGAAAGGGAAGAGUUUCAGAAGUUGCAGCGGCAAUAUGGUUUAGAUAAUUCUGGAGGAUACAAACAACAACAGCUACGACAUAUGGAGCUAGAAGUAAAUAGGGGAAGAAUGCAUCCAUCUGAAUUUCAUAGCAGGAAAGCUGACAUGUUGGAAUCAAUAGCUAUUGGUAUUGAUGAUGGAAAAACAAAAACUUCUGGAAUUAUUGAAGCCCUCCAUAGGUAUUAUCAGAACACUGCCACAGAUGUAAGGUGUGUGUGGCUUUCUGCAGUAGUGGAUCACUUUCACUCAUCUUUUGGAGACAAAGGUUGGGGUUGUGGUUAUAGAAAUUUCCAGAUGCUACUGUCAUCAUUAUUGCAAAGUGAUGUAUAUGGUGACUGCUUGAAAGGUAUGUCAGUUCCUUGUAUUCCAAAAAUUCAGUCUAUGAUUGAAGAUGCAUGGAAUGAAGGUUUUGAUCCUCAGGGGGCCUCUCAACUUAAUAACAGAUUACAGGGAACAAAGGCCUGGAUUGGAGCAUGUGAGAUUUAUACACUUUUGACCUCACUGAGAGUAAAGUGCCGCAUUAUUGAUUUUCAUAAGUCAACUGGUCCUUUGGGUACACACCCUCGCUUAUUUGAAUGGAUAUUAAACUAUUAUUCUUCAGAGACAGAAGGAACUCCAAAGAUCAUGCGUACAUCUAAACCUCCUCUCUAUCUGCAGCAUCAGGGUCACAGUCGAACAGUUGUUGGAAUUGAAGAGAAAAAAAACCGAACAUUAUGUUUGCUAGUAUUUGAUCCUGGAUGUCCUUCUCGAGAAAUGCAGAAACUGUUAAAGCAAGAUACGGAUGCUGGUAGUCUUAGGCAACUACGGAAAUUUGUGGGAAAUCUAAAACAUAAGCAGUACCAGAUAGUAGCAGUAGAGGGUGUUCUUUCCCCAGAGGAAAAAGUUGCCAGGAAACAAGCUUCGCAAGUGUUUACAGCGGAGAAGAUUCCUUGACCCAAAUAUUUUCAUGAUUUUUUAAUUAUCCUUUUUUUCCCUGAUAUUGAACUCUGAUACAGUUGAAGAAUUUAUUUCACUUAAGUCCUUGAUGUGUUAUUUAAGUUAUAAUGCCUAUUAAGUUAUACUUCUUAGCAUUUCAUUGUCUAGUAAUUAGUUAAAUAAAAUUCCUUGUUUGCUU